UUGUUGGCGAAAUACACAGGGAAAGGAGGAAGAAAAUAGCGGAUACGUUGCGACAUCUGGACGAUCUGUAUCGCAGUAUCUGAUUGGCCAUCUUUAAUUUACAAUCGUGUUUUCUUUUCCUUAGCUGUAAGGAUUGUCGCUAAUGGCUGGAAAUCGACAUUUUUUUCAAAUGCUAUUGGAAGUGUGCUAAAAUGUGAGAUUUUGCAGAAAUUGACAAGUAGAAUUAAAUUAGAAAAUGGCAGGUUUUGAACCUCCUCCUUCCUAUUGUGAAGCGACCAGACAACAUGCCUCUUUGGGAGGAAAUCUUACUUUUGUCGAUUUUAUACCUCAACCCACCGAAUCGGGCAUUUUCAACGUGAAAUUCGAACCUUUUGGUGUCCUCAUUGAACAAGCAAAUGCAUGGCUAUCAUCAAAUCCAUCAUUAGAAGUUAAAACAUGUGAAAGCAUAGAAUUUAAAUGUCAAGGCCGGACUCCAAUGGUUGAAAAAAUGACAUAUUUAGAAUUCAACGAAUAUGGAACACGUUAUAUAAGAGGAUUAAGGUUAUGGGUUGUACCAAGAAGUGAUGCAAGGCAUCCUCCUCAAAAAAUUGGUUAUCUGAAUUUAGUGCCACAGCCUAAAGAACCAUCAUCAUUAUUUGGUGCUGGACAGUUUAAAACUUUAAGUGAUAUUCUAGAAAAAUUUAACAAAUCUGCUGCAACUAAUCCUCCUGGAAGAAUACUUUCUAUUGAAUCACAGGAAAUGAAAUUACCUAGCUGGUCUAAUUUUGAUCCAGAUCGCUCAUCAUGGACAGAACACGGUAGAGGUCAAACACAUUUUGUAUUUGUUGUUAGAAUAUUUUUUGAAUAUGGUCCCCCAGCUGCGGAAGAAAUUGGAAUUGCAGAUUUUGUUCCAGUGAUGCUUGCUGAUGGCGGACUUUUUUCAAUUCCUCAGUUUGAACCUUUUUCUAAUGUUAUAGCACGAGCUUCCCAAUGGUGUGAACAACAACAAUUUCUUAGAUUUUGUAAUGCUCAAUCAUUAGAAAUUAAAAUGAAAGGUGGUUCAGUUGUUGACACACAAAGAAUGAGCUAUACAGAACAUGGUGGCAAAUCAACUUAUUAUGUUAGAGUUUUACGUGUGACGUAUACAAAACCUGCCGAGUCUUUAAUUAUGGAAGCCUCGAUUAGAACACCGGUUCUUCAUUUAUCAUGUAAAACUUUUAUACCAUAUCAACUGAAUACAAGCAUGUUUAUCCCAGAAUUUGAAAGCCUUACUCAAACAAAAGAAAGAAUGAAAAUAUGGGUUCAACUUACAGGAGCAAGAAUGUUAAGUGCAGAAACUGUUGCAAUGAGAUUGUUAACUGGUGGAGAAGCUACAUCUGGUAUUGAAGCGAGUUUCACUUAUAAUCCCGCUAAUAUGAACGAAUAUUGGAUUUAUAUUAUUAGAUUAUAUUUAGACGGAUAUUACAAAGAACCUGAGCCGCAUUUGCUACCACCGCCACCUCCAGUGGUAAACAAAACUUGUGCCAUUUUAUAAGUUGUGAUAUAAACAGAGCAGUAACUUGUCAAAUUCUGCACAUGCCCUAUCUAAUGUGAAUCUCAAGAUUUAAGUUUUUUGUAAAAGAAAUUAGUAUUUAUAUUUUUAUAUUUGCAAAUAUCCUUUUACAUAUGAAAUAUUUCUUAAAUUGCCUUCAAAAUAAUAUAUAUGCAAUCAAAUAAAAUAAUUAAGAAAUUCUUUUAUAUAUUUUGACAGUCAUAUGCUGUUAUUUUUUUAUUAUGUAUUGACAAAAUUUAAAUUUAGUUGAAAUUAAAAAUCAACUAAAUUGUUGCACAAUAUAGAAGGUAGCUUGAAUGUUAAUUUAUAUUUUGAACAGUGUUUAGUGUAUAUUGAAGAUUUUUAUGAAGUAUUUAAUGUUAAGAUGAAACAAGCUUGUCAGAAAAUUGAUAAUAUGAAAAAGUGCAUGCUGUUGUCAAUAAUAUAACAUAAUCAUUACUUAUAUCAUCAAUAAUUACUAAUCAUUUAAAAGUUUAAAUUGUAUUUUCUGUUCAUAUGUUGUUUUAAUACAGUAUAUCAAUGCAUUAUUUUAAAAUUUUUAUUGAAUAAUUAUACACCAUAAACAUUUUUUAACUAGUAAAAUGAAGUCAUACAAUAAUAAAAAUCCAUUCUUAUUUCACUGCCUGCACAACUAUGCUCAAAAUACAUCUUAAAGUUUGCAAUCGUAACUUCCGUAGAAGGUGCAUAACUGAAUGUAUUGAAUAUUUUAAAUAUGAUUUCCUUAAUCUGAUCAUCUUCUGAAAAAGAAAAUUAUUAGAUCUAUAGAAAAAAAAGCUUGAUAUUGCUUAUAACAAUGGAAAUUUUUGAAUACAUUUAGGGUAGUAUAUUUAAUCUGUUGAAUAAUGUGAAUUUUAUUUUCUGUAAUUUUACAUUAAUAAUAAACAGUCUAGAAUAGACUUUAGCUAAAUCAUUUAUUUUAGCUUUUCAGAACUAAUAAUAAUGAAUUCAUUGAUAAAAAAAGAACAAAUAUAGAUGAAAAAAUGUUCUAAAGCAGAAAUAAUCUAAUAUGCAUAUAUAUUUUUAAUCCUAAUAAAGUUUCAAUUGGAAAAAAUACUUAAACUUUAAAAUUGUUCAUUGAAGUUUGAAAAACUGAACAUUUACCAUCUGCUUUCACAUAAUUACAAAAAAUAAUACACAUACUGUACAUUAUGAUAAAGAAGCAGCAAAUGAACUUAAUCUAUAUAAAUGAAUAUUGUGAAAUGUUAAACUCUCUUGUCUUUGUAUAUCAGAAAAAUCAAACUUAUCCACUAAUAUGUCAACCUAAUACCCAAUAUUUGUGAAAUUUCUCGCUUGUUAUAUACUGUUAAGUUUAAACUAUGCAAUGCUUGAUGAUUGAGCACCUGUUAUAACUUUCUAUAUUUAAUAUUUUAAGUAUUGUAGUAUUUUUCUGUAUGAUUAUUAAUUAUACUUAACUUCAUUUUCUUAUAAAAUGUAAAAAGUCAUAUUGUGUAUAUGAUUCAUUAAUUAAUUAUUACAUUAAAUCAAUUUGUAUAUUUCAUUCUUUGUAUAUUUAUCAUAGAAGGUUCUACUAUUUAAAUAAAGAGAUCCAUUGUUAUUCAUUGCACCAAACAGGUUUUUGAAAGAAAAGUCUUGUUUUUAUGAUACAGUAAAGAAAAAACUUUAACGAGUUUUGUGUAUAUGCUUUACAAAUGUAUUAAGCAGGGAUGGCUGGAUAGCCUAGUGGUUAAGGUGGAGUCUAUCACUCUGAGGACUUUGGAUUAAAUCUAGAUGGGUGCACUCUGAUGGUAAUCCCCUUUAUCAUCUGGCUUGCAAAAAGAUUCUUUUACUGUUCACAGAGCAGAAAGAGUGGAGUAAAUCAUAAGAAGGGAUGAGUGGAGUGAUAAAAGUUUUCUUUAUUAAAAAUACAAAGACCUUAAUUUUAAAAUAAAACGAUGUUUAAUACCAAUAAUAAUCAAGUAAAUAAAUUUACUAGCAAUAAUAAAGUAAAUCUAUUUACUAGCAAACCCCGCCAGGCGUUGUUGUGGCUCAAAAUGUA